GCUGAAAGGAGCCAAAGUUGCUACACGUGUUUAUGAUAGCGUGAACUUACUCACACAUUUGUACUGUAAAUUUCACAGUUUGGAAUCUCAGACAUUACUUUUCAAGAUGCCGAAGGUUAAAGCUGAGAAAAAAUCUCGACAACACCAGGAGGUGAAGAGUCAAGGUAGCUUAAGCUCGUGUUUUGUACCGCAUGCUAACGUAACGAAUUAUGUUCAAUACUGGUAUUGGUCAGCAUAUUUUAAAGAAUCCUUUGGUUGUCAACGGCAUCAUAGAGAAGGCAGCAUUACGACCAACAGAUGUGGUUCUGGAAGUUGGUCCUGGAACUGGUAACAUGACUGUCAAACUUCUGGAGAAAGCCAAGAAAGUAGUUGCAUGUGAGUUGGACACCAGGCUUGUCGCUGAGCUUCAAAAAAGAGUUCAGUGCACUCCAAUGCAAAACAAGCUACAGAUCCUCAUAGGGGACGUUCUCAAGACAGACCUCCCUUUUUUUGAUGUCUGCGUGGCUAACUUGCCUUAUCAGAUAUCAUCACCUUUCGUGUUCAAGCUGUUACUUCACAGACCGUUUUUUAGGUGUGCUGUGCUGAUGUUUCAGAGGGAAUUUGCCAUGCGGUUGGUAGCUAAACCAGGAGACAAGCUAUACUGCAGAUUGUCCAUCAACACACAGCUCCUAGCCCGCGUGGACCACCUCAUGAAGGUGGGAAAGAACAAUUUCAGACCACCUCCAAAAGUAGAGUCCAGCGUGGUGAGGAUAGAGCCCAAAAAUCCUCCACCGCCAAUCAACUUCCAGGAAUGGGAUGGUCUUGUCAGAAUUGCAUUUGUCCGAAAGAACAAAACACUCAGUGCUGCCUUCAAGUCUGCUGCAGUUGAACAGUUAUUGGAGAAGAACUACAGAAUCCAUUGCUCAGUGCACAACAUAGAAGUGCAACAAGAUUUCAGUAUCACUCAGAAAAUUGAAAGCAUCCUUCAAGAGUCACAUUUUAGCAACAAGAGAGCACGUUCCAUGGAUAUAGAUGAUUUUAUGGUGCUUCUUCAUGCAUUCAACUCCGCUGGGAUACACUUCUCCUAAGAUUUAAGAAAAAGGAAACGGCUACUAGGCUGACAGGAAGUGAUGUCACAAUCUUCUUAUAUUCUGGUUGAUGCUAUGUGAAGAAAUUAAUAUUUCUUUUCCAUGGAAUGGGACCCCUAAUCACUCAGGCUGGAAAUGUUUUGUGCCUUUCCUGAAUCAGGAAAUAGUUAAGGACAUCAUUCAGAUGUAAAACUGGUGACUAUUAAGAGGAUUUGAAGAGGACAUCUUGGAUUUUUAUUACUUCUCUUUAUGUACUUGCUCUGCAGUUGUGAGCACACCAGUUUACUCUUCGUAUAACUGAGCUUGUCAUAAAGAAUAUUAAUCUUCAUCCCCAUUAAUUUCAGCACUGAACACAUAACAUACUGUUCUACUAAAUACUGAACUGUCAAAGUGAGAAAUGAUAAACUGCUAACCCUUUUCAGUAAGGUUCAGUUGGUUAACCUUAAUGUAUUUAUCAGGUGGCAUGAAUUAAUUGAUGGUAUUUUUAUAGAAUUUUGUAUCUUAAUAAUGUUCAUUUAUAAAUAUCGAAAUUAAUUUAAUUUAGUUUAUAGUGCAAUAAGUUAAACAGUUUUUGAAUGUUAAACUUGUAUUAGUAUAUAUAAAAAUUACUUCAAUUAAUAAAUGCUGUAAAAGUAUUAUUCAGUGUUUGUCCAUGCUAGCUAUUGCUUUAAUGUUAAGUUGGAAUUUAUUGUCUAGUGUUACCUAAAAAUCUUUUUUAACAUUCAGGUAAUUGUAGUAUGUAAACUUUGAUGUGUAAAUAUAAUGGCUAAUUAUGUUAUAGGUGAUUGACCUAUUCUCAAGAUUCAUUUAAGGGAUGUUCCUUAGAAAGGUUUAGCUGUACAAGGUCAAUAAAAACCAUUGAAAAUUGUUUUGUUAACUUCAGUAUUUAGAAAUGUAAAAUCAUUCAUCUGCAUACAGAUCUUUGGACUUGUAUGCAGAUGCAAACUUGAGAAAAUGCUUGUUCUGUUGCUCACAUACCCUGUGUGAGACUUGUCAGUAGUGUGUUUCUAUUAUGAAUCAUUUUGAACUGUUCAAAGCCACUGUCUUAAAUUGUGAUGUCAGUGAAGCCGAGUUUCAGAUCCUCCUCCCGUUUUGAUGCAGGAGGUUUAAGAUCGAAGUCUGAACUUGAGAAAAGUUACUUUGAUGCAACCAAUGCUUUUUUAAUUUUUUAGCUAUAUGAUAAUCUACACUUGAGUAAAAUUUUGAUUCAGAGCUAUUUAAAGUCAGGCUUACUCAUACUCUUUAGGGAGCUAAAUGCUUUACCUUACUCUGUGCCAUGUUGAAUAUAGAUACAAAAAAAAUCUUCACCAAACACAUGAGGACCAUCCACCAGAUACUAACCAACAUCCUGAGUGUACUCCGCUAAGAAAAACAAACAAACACUUAAGCCAGCCUAAGAUUUUGUCUUGCUGGCUGGUCUGUUGGGCAGUUUUAGGAUUUUGGGCACAUUUUAGCUGGUCCAACCCAUUUAAUCCAGUUUUUUUUUUUUCUCAGCAAAGUACAUUCUCUGUACUUUCAUAAAAAUGCUAAAUAAUGGUGUUUUUUUUACAUGACAAAAGAUUAAAUGAGUGGAAAAUCGUUUUGGUGGUGGUGGUGGUGGUUAGAAUAAAUGAUUGGAUUAUUACUA